AGCCGAGCCGGGCGGGCUCCAGCCAUGCAUCCCGGCGCGCCCGCGGGCACAUGGGGCAGCGCUUGAACCGCUGCCUCGAUGUCCCCGUCACGUUGCCGCCGCUGAGGCGGAGGCUGCUGCUGCUCUUCAUCAUGCUCUUCCUCUGGCUCUAUAUGUUCUACUCGUGCGCCGGCUCCUGCGCCGGGCUGACGACCCGCGGGUCACCCGCGCCGCUCCGCGCCGCCCCGCCGCUGCUCCCGCUGCUGCCGGGAGAGCCGGGCGAGGACAGCAGCCUGGAGGAGCAGCGGGCAGCGCCCGACGCCGGCAGCCCCAUCUCCAGCUUCUUCAACGGUUCCGGUACCAAGCGGCUCCCGCAGGCCAUCAUUAUCGGCGUAAAGAAGGGGGGGACGCGGGCGCUGCUGGAGUUCCUGCGGGUGCACCCCGACGUGCGCGCCGUUGGCGCCGAGCCCCAUUUCUUCGACCGCAACUACGAGCGGGGACUCGCCUGGUACAGGGAGCUGAUGCCCAGGACACUGGAGGGGCAGAUCACCAUGGAGAAGACCCCCAGCUACUUCGUCACCAAGGAGGCCCCAGCCCGCAUCUCCUCCAUGUCCAAGGGCACCAAGCUCAUCGUGGUGGUGCGGGACCCCGUGACCAGAGCCAUCUCGGACUACACCCAGACGCUCUCCAAGAAGCCUGACAUCCCCACCUUUGAGAGCCUGACCUUCAAAAACAGGACUACGGGCCUGAUCGACACCUCGUGGAGCGCCAUCCAGAUUGGCAUCUAUGCCAAGCACCUGGAGAACUGGCUGCUCUACUUCCCCAUCGGGCAGAUCCUCUUUGUCAGCGGGGAGAGGCUGAUCAGCGAUCCCGCGGGGGAGCUGGGCAGGGUCCAGGACUUUCUGGGCCUCAAGAGGAUCAUCACGGACAAACACUUCUACUUCAACAAAACCAAGGGCUUCCCGUGCCUGAAGAAGGCGGAGGGCAGCAGCAAACCCCAUUGCCUGGGGAAGACAAAAGGCAGGACCCACCCUGACAUCGACCAGGAGGUGGUGCAGAGGCUGCGGGACUUCUACCGGCCCUUCAACAUGAAGUUCUACCAGAUGACAGGGCAGGACUUUGGCUGGGACUGAGCCUGGAAUGGGAAAGUCCCCUGUAAUUACUUGCCCAGCACGGUUUGCUUAUAUAAAGAGAUAUAUAUGUAUGUAAAAUGUACAGAAAUCUAUUUUAUAAUAAUUUAUUUUUAAUUCCUAAGCAAUUAAUUCACUAAGCUGCCUAACCACACUGGCUAGAACGGUAGCCUGUAACCUGUUUAACAUUCCACAGUGUUUAAUUCUAACGUCUCUCCUUUCCUUGUGGGUUGUUUUUUUUUUUCUUCCCCUUCUGCUUUCUCUUUGGUUUGGUUUGUAACAGACAGUGCUUCCACUUUUCCUAAACAAAAUUUGUAUCUAAAAAUCAAAAGAAGCGAGGGAGGGGAGGGAAGGGAGAGAGGGAAAGCACAAGUUUAUUUUUGUUACGGGUAUCUGGCCUUUAUAAACACUUGCUUUCCCUA